AGAACUCCAAACAGUAGAUAGACUUCGAGAUGGCAACCGCCUUGGAACUGAGUCCCGUCGAGAUUCGCGGCCUGUGCCAGCGUUACUUCCAUCUGGAUAUACCCAACUCGGAUACGGGCUUCGAUAUAGUUAGCUAUAAGCUAAGACCCACCUCGGAUGCUCCAGCUGGAUAUUUGGGUAGCCAUUUCUACCUGCAGGUCACCCUGAAGCUACACAGUUCCGAGGAAAUCAAACAGCUGACCUUCUUCUCGAAGGCCGCUCCCGAGGGUAAUGGCCCACGAAUGGAGUACCUCGAGGAUUUCGGAGUCUUUCAGAAGGAGAUCGCUGUCUAUAAGGACGUGCUUCCCGAUCUUCAGAAAGCCUGCGCUGAAGUGGCACCCAAAUGCUAUUAUGCGGAUAAGAAUCUUUUGGUCUUCGAGAACCUGGCAGAUCAGGGUUAUCGAAUGGGUGCCGGACGAGAUGGUUUACUGUCCUACGAACAGCUCCAUUGCUGCCUGAAGACCUUGGCAGCCCUGCACGCAGGUUCUAUUAUUCAAGAACAGAGAACGGGACAAAAACUAACCGAAUCCCAACCCAAAUCGGUGGUGGAGAAUGCCUAUCCCAGUAAUGUGCCACCAGAACAUCUCCGGGUUGUUAACUUUACAAAUGCCUGCCUGGUCAUCAAGGAGUUUAUCAAACUGAUACCCAAAUAUCAGAUAAAGUUGGACUAUAUCCUGGAGAACUUCACCAAAAGAAUGACCUUUAUCUUCGAGGCUGCCAAGACCUCUGAAGUCUAUCAAAAUACCAUACUCCAUGGCGAUUUGUGGGCCAACAACAUCAUGUUCCAGUAUGGCAAAUAUGGCGAGAGUCCUCUGCAGUGUCGUCUUGUGGACUUCCAGUUGGCCAGAUAUGCUCCACCAGCGCUGGAUGUCUUGACCGUUCUAACUAUACCCACUUCGAAGGAGUUCCGAGAUCUUCAUAUGAACGAACUUCUGGCUGAGUAUUACCGCUUUAUGACGGAGUUCUUGAAGCGCGCUGGCUUGGAUAUAGCUCGUUUUAUGCCUGAGUCUAGUUUCUAUGAAUCUGUGGAGAAGUUUCGAAUAAUUGGCCUGAUUGAGAGCUGUUUGUUCUGCCACUUGGUGAUGCUGCCACCUUCCUGCACCCAGAAACUAACCAGUUCUGCUGAUGGCUUCAGUGACUUCUUCAGUAAGAGGAGGAUUGAAAUCUGCCUGGAGGCCUUUAACACGGAUGAGUUGUACAGGAAUCGAAUGCUGGACAUGAUUCAGGACUUUGUGGAUAAUUUUGUGUUAAAGGAGUAAAGUUUGAAUUAUAUUUUGAGCUUCCUGAAGAAAGCAGAAAACUGCUUGAUUGUAAAUAUUUUAUAGUUUAAGAAAAAUGUGAACAAGUGCCUGUUUUAUCUUUAAUAAAUAUCAAACUAAUAAUA